CGUACUAUCUGGCGGUAACAGGUGUUAGUCUGGUGGCCCGAACUUGUAAAAUCGAUGGAUGGCGCAUCGCCGAGGCGACGCCGAAGGAGAGUACUCUCCUCCGUGAAUGCCUCUGCCACUGGGUUACCCGUUGGGCUUCUCGCACCCCUGUACUCCUCCUACCCGCCUCUCCCCCUUCCCCCCAUCGCACCAAAGUGCCCUCGAAUAUUAUUCCGUCGUAACGGCUGAGGGAGAAGGCAGGCAGUAGCGUCGCAUCAAGAGGCCCAAGGCUGAUGGCAAAAGGUAUUCGCAUCGCUGGAAAAUAAAUCCCCCUGUUUUCUGAAUUCACACCGUCACCGAGGGCUUGCUUAUAUCCCCCCGAUGGUUGGUUUUUUGGAUGAUUCAACGCAGGCGCGAAUAACGUGGAACACGGGGGCGUCGUGAACGCGGCAGUUGCACCCCAGCCACACCCGGACGAGCCAUGUAGUCGGUCUACCCUCCGCACUACGGCGGACAAUUGUUGCUUCUGCGCCCACAGGUGGGUAUACCAUUAAUACUUGGAUAACCAUCGUGAUUUUAAUGUUUAAAACAACACCUGGAUAAAAGACUGAUGACUCAUCGAGUGAUUGAACUUGUGGGGUAUUUUACUAAUGACGAAUUAAUGGGUGAAAUAACGUGAGGGGUUACGGGAAAUUGGCAAAGUGCGUUUUAACCCCCGGGCCGAGUGGAGCAGCCGAUGUGUCGAUGUAGUGGUGGGGAAUACUUAUUGUACAUGAGUAGUGGUGAGGUUUGGGUGUAUGCAUGCAUUUGUAUGUGCCUGCCGGUUGUGCACGGUAUAAUACCACUGGUGGGGUAGUUGGUGGUGGUGCUGGCGUCGGGGAGGGUGAUGCUACGAGUGUAAGGGGUUGCCCAGAGCACACUCUCGCGGGUGGGAGUGAGAGCCGAGUUAGGGGUGAUAUCAGUGCUUUUUUUUCCCCCAUUUUUACUCCUCUUUUAAUGCAUUCACACCCUCCGAGCCAUUGCCGGAGGCUAAUUCCUUCAUUUCGAGAGGGAGCGGAGGGCGGAGGAGGAUAAUUGUGGGGGUGAAUUGUUAGUGAUGCACUAGAAGCUCAACUAUUGUAUUUUCUUAACAAUGAGAAAUUGGUAUGAGACUGAAUAUUGUGAGAAUUGCUGAAGGUACAACGCGUUAUCGACCAACGGUUGAAAAGCUGUGUGCAGCCCCUCUCGACCUGUUGUCCAACUUGUUGCUCGUCCUGUGUGAUAUCCGCCUUUGGGUACUCAAGCCAUUUGGUAUAUAUAUUGAUGCAUUGACGUUUUUGUGGACAGACAUUUUGUUUAUGUUUGGCGUAAAGCUGUCAGUGAUGUUGGCAGAAUGCAGAGUUAUUCUACUACUGAAUUCAUGUUUUUGUCAAUUUUUCAAUUGCGGCCUCACAAGUUGAGAGAAAUGCGAGAAUCAAUAAGAUACUUUGGUGAUCCUAGGUAUAUAAUACAUCAGGAGUUUUAUCAAUGUCAUGAUAAUGAUAAUGUUAUACCAUAGGUUUUAGAGAUAGGCGAGUGACUGAUUAUUCCGAAACAAGAGGAUUAACAUUUUUUGAUUAUAUUGAUGUAAGUAGAUUUAUUGGUAAUUAUCUUCCACCCAUGUGAAUACAACGAAAGCAAUACUUAAAACAAGGUACAUUAUAUAUUAGACUAGGUGUAAGAAGAUAUUGUACACUUGAGAGGGACGAUAAACAAUUAGUGAGGAAUUUAAUAUCGAAUUAUUGUUCACUCUUCGUUGGUAAGGUUAAUAAUUGGGAGGGAUCGCCUCCCUUUUUCGAUAAAGUCCAAUUUACGACCAGUGAUUUUAAUUGAAUUAGCUCACACCCUAGCUCACUUUGUAAUAAAAAAAUAACUUUGACAAAAGGUAUUUUAAUAAUUGGAGUAAUAAAUACAAACACUCUCUGUAAAGCGUGCAACGACGUAGAAUUUAUAGUCUACAAGAAAAGUGAUUAGACUAAAGAGAAUACUCACUCCGCCUCUGUUCAUUAUUGAAAAUAAUUGAUGUGAAGAACCUCUUACGCAGAUUGGUGUUUACAUUUUUAUAUAAAAAAAACAAAAACAAACAGCAAGUAAAGUAGAGCUCAGUGUUAGGGUGUUUAUCGAGUAAACAAAUUGACCUGUAAACCGAAGACACAAAAGUUAUUCAAAAUGCCGAGGUGUUACAUGGUGAAGAAGGCCCUGUGCAACAAGUACAUGAGCGUGACCAGGGGCUUUGAGUCAUGGGGACGAAGUAGGGAUUCACCGUCUCCAGGACCAAGUCAAUCAGUGGUUGAAAAAUCAACGCCACCCUCAGUAUCUCCUCCACCAUCUGUCUCUCCCCCACAAGUUCAAGGAACCUCCACGUCCACCAUGAAAGUGAUAAAGAUGGAGGCUGAGAUUCAUAUAACUGAUUGUAUAACCCAAGUGCCAUCCACCGAGGAAUCCCCAUCAUCAGAAACAUCGCCCGAGCCAUCAUCAGACUCACUACCCGAGCCAUUAUCAGAUCCACCAUCGGACCCACUAUCAGACCCCCUAUCAGAGCCAUCAUCAGACCCACUCUCAGAGCCAACAUCAGACCCCCUGGCAGUACCAACAUCAGACUCCUCAAAAUCUCCUCAAGACUCGUCUCAACCUGUUAUUCAAAUAAUUUCUUCAUCACCACCACCACUAGUUCUAAUUCAACCAGAACCAAUUUACCAGAACAUGAGAAUGGACACAAUGGCGCCAAUGAAUAUUAUUCAGGAGACACCAUUGUUCAGAGACAGAUCAGCGGCUGAGACAGAGGCAGCUCAUGAUCUCCUGGAGUUAUCGAGGUCUCUGCCACCAUUGCCACCACCAAGUAUUGCCGUUGGUCCCCAGAAUGUUCUAGAAUCUCCACCAACUGAUAAUGUCCAGGAGAUAAGUUUCUACCAACCAACGGAAUCACCGAUUUAUCAGGUCAAUACCAUUGAUCUUGGAGGUACAACACUUUAUCAACAACCUACAGGAAUAAUCUACGAGCCGGCGACACUCAUGCAGCAAGGACCAACUGGUGUAUUCAUACCACUCUCUCCAGUUCAGGAAAUACUGGUCGCCUAUACAGCACCAACUAUUCCAUCCAUUCUUGCAUCACAGCCUUCGAUAGGUGCACCACCACUGACACCGCCUACUUCUGAAUGCAGCAGUGAUAUUGAAAAUAAUAAUCCUAACUCACAGCCGAGCUCGAGGGACAAGGAAGUACAGACUAUUACGGAUCAGACGGAAGUCAAGCCCGCUAGCUACACGUUUGAUACACUUCUGGUUUCUGAUGGGAGAUCCAAGAAUAAGAGGGCUGGGGGUAGUGGCUCCGAGGCUGAGGGCACCGCUGAACAACCAGAGACUUCCAGGUCGGGACGGUACAUCUGUUGUGAGUGUGGCAAACAGUAUGCAACAUCUUCAAACUUAUCUAGACACAAGCAGACCCAUCGGAGUAUCGACUCACAGUCAGCAAAAAAGUGCAUCCACUGUGGCAAGGCCUACGUGAGUAUGCCAGCAUUGGCGAUGCACGUGCUCACCCACAAGUUGACCCACAGCUGUGGUGUAUGUGGCAAAAUGUUUUCACGUCCCUGGCUACUUCAGGGACACUUGCGCAGCCACACAGGUGAAAAACCAUACGGCUGUGCCCACUGCGGCAAAGCAUUUGCCGAUCGUUCGAAUCUACGUGCCCACAUGCAGACACACUCGUCCGAUAAAAAUUACGAGUGCCCGAAGUGCCAUAAAUCAUUUGCACUCAAGUCAUAUCUCAACAAGCACCUUGAGUCGGCAUGCCAGAGGGAGAAUGGAGAUGACAGCAGUAAUGACGUCGAUACACCAGGAUGUCAGGUUGAUGCACAGAAUAUCGAGCCAUCGUAUGCACCGCUACGUGGCCCAACGGAGGAGAGCACUUGAGCCUAUCACUGACACGUCAACGACACACAGCACUGACGCUGGAGCCUCCCUACUAGGCGACGAAAAUAAAAAAAAAAAUUAUUAUGAUGAUGUGGAGGAUCCAAUGGGGACACUGUGGAGAAUAAAAUCAUUCGAAGCACCGAGUACUCGUGCCAUAUUCUAGUCACUCCACUGAGACGCCAAUACGCUUAUUUCUUGAGGAAAUUUAUGAUAUUUUGUCAAGAGAUCAAUUGACAUUCCUUAGGUUCCUAGGUGACAGAAAGCAAACAUCGAAAUACAAAAAAAAAAUAUUAAAUGGUUUUCCCUUCCUCAGCCCACCCUCACCCGUCACCCUUAACUAUUACUGUAAAUCUGUCUUUAUCCCGUCUAUCGAGCGGAUUUUAAUAUUUCUAUGAGCCAUAUCGCGUGAUUCACCGUUUUUACAUUUAUUCUCAGGAAGGGGGAACGCAAAGUGUUGAAUUGGUAACGACGAUCGUAGAAUUUAUCCACUCUUUUUUUUCUCCUUUAUUGUAUUUCAUUUUUGGAAUAAAAAAAAAAAAGACGCGGGGAAAUACCUCGCGUGGGUUUCAGGGUAGUUUCAUGACAAUUUAUGUCUUUGAAUCGAUCGUCGUGGUUACAGACUGGGGUUUUAAAGAAGGGGAUGAAGUAUGGGAGGAAAAAGGAUUAUUUUUUUAGUUAAAGUUAGUGCACGAAUUACAUUAUAUACGUCCAGAGUAGAUAGAGUCCUUCAAAUAUUCAAUUAUUUAAUAACUGUUGACGUACUAUUUUUUAUUUUUACGCUAUAUUUUUAUUUGAACUUUUUCACACGUGAAUUCAUCUCGAAAGUUGUUUCUUCAGACUUAUAAGCCCUACAGUUGCCUAAAGCUGGAAUUAUUAAUGCCACCAUAUUUUGUACACAGUUAUGUUACUUAACAUUUGUUAUGCCAUUCGAUAAUGGAUUAUCAUCAACAUUUAACAAGGGAAUGUGGCCCACCUGUUGAAUCCAUAGUGACCAUUAGCAAAAGGGCCACUGUGACCUGGCCUUUCCUGUUCUCUCUUUCUUUUGAAUUAUGAAACAACGCUACGUUUUGUAUAUACAAUACAUCCACCUACGCGUUGGUAAAUAGAUUAUGAGUCACGUUAGUCCCCAUCAUCGAUCGAGGCUUUAUUUUUCCCAGGGGUUCUCCUUGAAGACUCAGUCAAAGGUGAUGAAAUAGCAAUGGGGAAAAAAAAGAAGCCUGAAGGAACGAUUUUUCUGUUAAUUUUUUUUUGUUUUUACGACUUUAUUUGUUUAUGUGCCAUUACCCCUUUGUUAUUUCUGUAUUCUAUCGGCUGAUGGAAAUAAAGGAAGUCUUAAUGAGAUUGUUUGAUGAUCAGUGAUACAAUGAGGCUUUGCUUUUUAUACAUCAAUUAAAUUCUAGUCAUAAUUGCUUUAUCGAUAAGAGAUUUAUUUUAGUUACUAAGGCUUUAGGAUUUUUCGGUCGAUGAUAACUCUCGGUUAGCGGGAUUUUAAUUAAAUCUGUAGAUUUUAAUGAUAAGAAAGAAUAUGUAGGAUUUUAGAUGAUGCAGGGUCGAGCGUCGAGAAUGAGAGGAUUAUGGUUCAGUCGUGCAUUAUUCAACGUAUAUUUCGAGAGAGAAUUUCAAAUACAAAUUUUCAAGAUGAGAUUAUUGGAUGAGAAGGUCUGGAUUAAUGAAACUCAAUAAAUGCACGAGAAAUGCGAUCAUCAAAUGGAUUCUUUGAAUACUUUAUGAAAAUAUUGAAAUUCCGGGUCAAUCCGGGUUAUUUAUUGGAAAUGGACAUUAACAAUUGAGAAAUUCUGUGGAUUUUCUUGAUUUUUAAUAUUUGGUAUUGCAUUGAAUCGAUUGGAUCAUAGGGAUUUAUACACAGUCAUAUGGACGGAUUUCUAGUCACAUCCACUAAUCUAAUCAGUAUCUUAUUCGAGUCAGUACUCGACAGUCAAUCGAAUAUUCAUAUAAGAGAAUAUAUGAUGAUAUCGUAACGAUAGUCAAUAAAUAUUGUGUAGGAUUUUUCUCGGAUAAAGUGGAAAUCGUUGAGAAAUGAAUUUUGCCAGAAAAUUAAAUAACGGAAUGCCGAAAAAAAUAUCUCAAAUAAAUUGAGAAAUUGCUGGCAGUGCAUGUGUUGAGUGUGAGAUAAUUUAUUGAGUGUGUGCCAGAGAAGUGAGUGAUUUUCCUGAUGACAAUUAAAUGAACCUUUUUUAUCCAUUUAUUCGUUACUAACGAGAGUGUGAAAUUUGCAGAGACGUGCAUUAAUGGACAGGCUACAGAACUGAAUACUCGUAGUGGUCGGAAUAAUGUGUGUCAUCUGGUGAUACAAUUAUAAAUACACCGGUGACACUAAUAACAUACCGAGAGGAAAAAAAAUGUGAAAUUGUAAUGUGAGCCUCAUAUAUUGACUAGUGUCUUUUUAAUUCCAUUAAUUAGAAUAAAAUGCUCCUGAUCAAAAGGAGAGCGAAAAAAAUAAUGAAAUACUCAAACACGAUCAUAUCUGACAUUGGCUUUUUUUAGAGUGUCAUAACAUGAAAUAAAAAAUUAAGAUUCUAGGGAAAAAUGAGGUAAAUUCAAAUUCACAAGACGUAGGGUCUAGAAUUAGUGUGAUACAAGGUACGACAAAGCAAUAAUUUAGUGAUUGUAUGAUAUUUGAAGUAGUGAUUAUAGACAACUAAGUUAUCGUACUUUCGGAACCUAUAUAUUUACUCGAUAAAAUCAAUAUAGUUUUGUAGAACGCGCCAAAAAAAUGAAAAAUAAAAAAAUUACAAAAACGGAAAAAAUGAAAAAAAAAAUUGACGGUUUUUUCGAUUUAUGAGCAUUUUUUUGUCGGAUCGAAUGAUCAAAAAUUCAGAAAGCAAAAAUUCAUAACGAAUUUUCCAUUUACGUUGAUUGGAUAAUAAAUUAAUGUGAUUGCACGUAACAGUUUGAAACGCAAACACUCUCGCAAAAUUUCACAUGAGUAAUGAGAAAUAAAUGAAAUUCAGUGAAUGAGAAAUGCUGAUGAUUCAAUAAUUCAUUAACGUAGGUGCCAAAUUUGUGUGUGCUAUUAUCAAAUCGAUAUUCAAAAAAUUUGAACAAUCGAUUAAUGAUGUGCACCGCUGAUUAAUACCGAUUAAUAUCCAGAGAUAACAAUAAAACGUUGGAUGAAUCAGUUUGUGAAGUGGGGAGGGUUACGAGGGGCCGAAGAAUAUCUGCCGGUGCCUUUAUUACAAUAACUACAUCCGAGAAUAUUCAAUAAAGUGCAAACAAUGUUUUUUCCUUCGACUAUCUCAGUGUAAUUCUUGCAAUAACAGCCAUUGAUGCAUACAUAGAAAAAAAGAAUGUUGAGUAAUUAGUGAAAUAAUGGGCCAUAGGCGAGGCAGUGCCGAGUGACCUUCACAAAUGAAUGAGACCAAUGGGAAUAAUAAUAAUAUUACUACGAAAAAAACGCAAUCUGCGUUUUACACAGCUAGUCACAAAUGAACACUAAUUAUCACGUCUGAACCACAGAGUGAAUAAUAGCAGAUAAUAUUUUACAGAGAUUUGCAGAAUACUGCUAGUAGAGAAAUUAAAUUUCAUGGAGGGGUUUCAGGAGAGUAAUCUUGAAUUUAUUUUAGGGGGAACAGCCAUGUAAUUUUAUAUUUCACUGAACAUUCAAUGAAAUUCAACAUUUUCGAAUAGCAGGAAGAGAAUUCCUUCACUGACCGAAAAGUUUCAAUCAAAAUGUUAAUAUUCACUUUCAUAUUGCGCAGAAUUUCCCGGUCUCUUAUGCAAUAGUUAAAUUGUAAUAGAGAGUUUUCAAUCAAUUUAAUUUAACCACAAAAAGCCAUGAAAUUUCAUAACUCACUGAACAUUCGAUGCAAUGCGACGUUUUUAAAGAACAGCAAGAUGACUAUUCCCCAAUGGAAUUGAAUUUUCCUGGAGUAAUUGAACUCGAAUAUUCAAUCUCCAUUAAUUUGUUUCAUAAAAUUGUCAAUUUUCAAGACGGAAUUCUUGAAAUUUCAG